UGCAAAAUGAGUUUAAAAGGAACGGGAAAAUUAUAUAUCAUCAAACGAGAUGGGCGAGAAGAAAAGGUUCAUUAUGAUAAGAUUUCAGCCCGGGUGAAAAAACUUUGUUACGGUUUAGACAUGGAUUACAUCGACCCACCAGCAAUUACUUACAAAGUAAUGCAAGGAGUUUAUCCUGGUGUUACUACGGUAGAGUUGGAUAAUCUAGCAGCUGAAACAGCAGCAACUAUGACUACUCAACAUGCUGAUUAUGCUAUUUUAGCAGCAAGAAUAGCUGUUUCUAAUCUUCAUAAGGAAACAAAGAAAAAUUUUACUGAAGUAAUGAGCGAUUUGUAUCAUGUUACUCAUCCAAUUACAAAAAAACAUACUCCUCUAAUCAGCGAAUAUCAUUAUAAUAUCAUCAAAAAGUAUUCUCAAAUACUAGAUUCAUCAAUAGUAUACGAUCGAGAUUAUGAUUACAAUUAUUUUGGAUUCAAAACUUUGGAAAGAAGUUACUUGUUGAAAAUAAAUGGUAAAGUAGUGGAAAGACCUCAACAUAUGUUGAUGCGAGUGGCUGUGGGAAUUCAUGAAGAAGAUUUGAAUAGGGUAAUAGAAACUUACAAUUAUUUAUCUGAAAAGUAUUUCACUCAUGCAUCACCAACACUUUUUUCUGCUUGUACCAAUCGUCAGCAAAUGUCUAGCUGUUUUUUAUUAACAAUGACUGAAGACAGUAUUAAUGGUAUCUAUGAUACAAUGAAAAGAUGUGCAUUAAUAAGUAAAACUGCUGGUGGAAUUGGUCUGAGUGUUCAUUGCAUUCGUGCCAGUGGUACACGGAUCAAAAGUACUCAUGGAGUAGCCAGCGGAUUAGUUCCUAUGCUUCGAGUGUUUAAUAAUACAGCAAGAUAUGUUGAUCAAGGAGGAAAUAAACGUCCUGGAGCUUUUGCUGUGUAUCUAGAACCGUGGCAUGCUGAUAUAUUUGAAUUCUUAGAUUUGAAAAAGAACACUGGUAAAGAUGAACAUCGUGCACGUGAUUUAUUUUAUGCAUUAUGGAUUCCAGAUUUAUUCAUGAAACGUGCUAAAGCUGAUGGAAUAUGGAGUUUAAUGUGCCCUCAUUUGUCACCAGGACUGGAUGAUUGUUGGGGAGAAGAAUUUGAAUCUCUUUACACUAAGUACGAAGAAACAGGUCGUUAUGUACGACAAGUUCCUGCACGUGAACUUUGGACUGCAAUUCUUAAAUCACAAGUGGAGACAGGUACUCCAUAUAUGCUUUAUAAAGAUCACUGUAAUCGUAAAUCAAAUCAAAAAAAUUUAGGGACAAUAAAAAGCAGUAAUCUUUGUACUGAAAUUAUACAGUAUACUAGUCCUGAUGAAGUAGCUGUAUGUAAUUUAGCUUCAGUUGCUGUUAACAUGUUUGUCAAUGUUGAAAAAAAAACUUACAAUUUUGAAGAAUUAAAACUUGUAACAAAAAUAGUUACUAGAAAUUUAGAUAAAAUCAUUGAUGUCAAUUAUUAUCCAACUCCUGAAGCACAACGAUCUAAUCUUCGCCAUAGACCAAUGGGUAUUGGUGUUCAAGGUCUUGCUGAUGCAUUUUUAUUAUUACGUUAUCCAUUUGAAAGUCCAGAAGCUCGAAAACUUAACAUUCAAAUUUUUGAAACCCUUUACUACAGUGCACUAGAAGCUAGCUGUGAAUUAGCUCAAGAAAAAGGAAUCUACGAAUCCUAUGAUGGUUCUCCAGUGAGCAAAGGAAUUCUCCAAUAUGACAUGUGGGGUGUAACACCAACUAAUCUUUGGGAUUGGACUAAGUUAAAACAAAAAAUAGCUAAAUAUGGCGUAAGGAAUUCUCUUUUAAUAGCUCCAAUGCCAACUGCUUCAACAGCACAAAUUUUGGGCAACAAUGAAUCUACAGAGCCUUACACCACUAAUGUCUAUGCAAGAAGAGUAUUAUCUGGUGAAUUUCAAAUUGUAAAUCCACACCUUUUGAAAGAUUUAAGUGAACGGGAUUUGUGGGAUGAAGAUAUGAAAAAUGAAAUAAUUGCUAAUAAUGGUUCAGUUCAAAAUAUAGCUAAUUUUCCAGCAGAAUUGAAACCUUUGUAUAAAACAGUUUGGGAAAUAUCACAAAAGACUAUUUUAGAAAUGGCUGCAGAGAGAGGUCCUUUCAUUGAUCAAUCUCAAUCGUUAAAUGUUCAUAUUGCUCAACCUACAACUGGAAUAUUGACAUCAAUGCACUUUUAUGGUUGGGAUCUUGGUCUGAAAACAGGCAUGUAUUAUUUACGUACUAAACCUGCUGCUAAUGCUAUACAAUUUACCGUUGAUAAAAGAAAGUUGCCUACAUGGAGAGAAGAAGAAUAUUCAGAUAAUAAACAGUAUACUGAUAAAGUAAAUGGUGAUAAUAUUAAUACUUGUUUUACAUCAGAUUCUCCAAAACGAGAAAAUGCUGAUAUCUUGAUUGAUAAUUUAGCGAAUGAUCUCAAUAAAUCUACUUUGUUAUAAAAUUAUCAAUAUCAAAUCCAUAAUAUUUAAAAUUGAACAGAUUCUGUUGUUUGAAAUUUAAAAUGAUCUAAUUAUGAAUAAUUGAUAGGAUCAGGUUUUAUAUUUACAAGUUAUAAUAAAAUAAGUAAGAAAAAAAA